AUGGAAGAUGGAGAAGACAGAAGCAGAAGGGGACAGAAGAAGAUAAAGAAGAAGAAGAAGAAGAAAAAGGAGACCGCAGCAGAAGACCGAUGGCAGAAGCAGAAGAAGAAGACGCAAGUGGAAGUCGAAGCAGAAGUGCGCAGAGGCAGACAGGACAAGAGGGGAAGACACGAGGAAGAGAGGAAGAGAAGACGCCGGGACAGAAGACCUCUGACCGCCGACGCAGCACGACUGAGAAGAAGAAGAAGAAGAAGACGAAGCGACGGAAACAGAAGUGAAGGGCGAGUGAAGAAGACAGAUGGGAGAAGCGUCGAAGAGCCGCAGAAGACGAAGAUGGAAGAAGCAGUAGCAAGGGGCCGAAGGACAAGACCGACGUCGGAGGACGACGACGAGCCGCACAGAAGUAGACGGAGAAAGACGAAGACGAAGCAGACGAACGACGAAGACCGAAAACAGACAGGGCAGAAGAAGAAGACAAGACACCGACGACGUGACAGCCCAGCGAAUACCACGCAGACGCGGGAGACAGGCAGCAGACAUCUUUCAGGCUUUAUGUGA